AUGGCAAUUGAGACUGGAACUCCCUCUGCGACUGGAACUCCCUCUGUGAAUAUUGCACCAGCGGUUACUCCUACAACCCGUUCCACUGUGAAACCGGCUGAGAAACCUGCGAAGUUCACCGGUGCCAACUUUAAAGGAUGGCAACAAAGAAUGUUCUAUUGGCUUACCACCCUUGGUUACAUUUUGAGUGCCUUAGAAGAUGACUUGUACAACGUCUACAAGGCAAGAGAGACCUCCAAAGAACUAUGGAGUGCACUUGAAAAGAAGUACAAAACCGAAGAUGCUUGCUUGAAGAAGUUUGUGGUUGCCAAAUUCCUAGACUACAAAAUGGUGGAUGGAAAAACCCUUGGAACCCAAGUUCAAGAGCUUCAACUUAUCUUCCAUGACCUUAUUGCUGAAGGUAUGGUAGUGAAUGAAGCGUUCCAAAUGGUUGCAAUGAUUGAGAAGUUGCGGCCCUCAUGGAAAGAUUUCAAGAAUUAUCUUAAGCACAAGAGAAAGGAAAUGAAGUUGAAGGAUCUUGUGAUUCGUCUCAAGAUUGAGGAAGAUAACAAAACCUCUGAGAAGAGGUACCGUAAGAGUUCACCGAUUGAAGGGGCAAACGUCGUUGAAGAUGCUGCUCCGAAAAAGAACAAGAAAAGGAAGAGGCCUUCUGGAAAGGAGAAGGAUCAUAACAAGAAAAAGUUCAAGGGCAACUGUUAUAAUUGUGGUAAAGGUGCCAUAAAGCUCCCGACUGUCGUGCCCCCAAGAAGGACAAAGAGAAAAACAAGGCAAAAGAAUAAUGUACGAAAAAUACAUUGA